AUGUAUGACAAGAUGAAACAUUCAGUCCUUCGUCUCCCCUUCUUCGCAGACCAUCUUCGGUGGGAUGCUGGGAAGAACAGCAAGACGAUCGUCAUCGAAGUCUUCGAGUUGGUGCAGGAGCAGACAGGCUCGCCGGUGCAGGUGGGGGUGGAUGUGGUGUUGAACCCCUCGACAUUGCCUGUAGAGGGGGCAGACAAAGCAGUGAAGACUGUGCAGGGUGUGCUGUUGGGAACGGCAAGCUCAGUCCCAUUUUUCAGGUUAAUCAACAUCAUCAAGCUCGUCAAGGAUGUGAAGUGGCUUUGCGCUGAUGCGAGGGUGGCUUCGGCAGUCAUAGCAUCCAGCGAGGGCUUG